UUUUUUUAAAUUCUACAACAGGCUUUAUCUGCAUACGUGAGAAUAAAAGGUAAUGGAGACUGAACAGCAGGAGGAGACCUUUACCAACACAGAGACAAAUGGCAAACGUCCUGCAGAAGAUAUGGAAGAAGAACAGGCCUUCAAAAGAUCUCGGAAUACAGAUGAGAUGGUUGAGUUACGCAUCUUGCUUCAAAGCAAAAAUGCUGGAGCAGUGAUUGGGAAAGGUGGCAAAAAUAUUAAGGCACUUCGUACAGACUACAAUGCAAGUGUUUCAGUCCCAGACAGCAGUGGCCCUGAGCGCAUCUUGAGUAUAAGUGCAGAUACAGAGACAAUUGGAGAAAUCUUGAAGAAGAUUAUCCCUACUUUAGAAGAGUAUCAACACUACAAAAGUAGCGAUUUUGACUGUGAAUUAAGACUUCUAAUUCACCAAAGUCUAGCAGGAGGAAUUAUUGGUGUCAAGGGUGCUAAAAUCAAAGAACUCCGAGAGAACACUCAGACCACCAUUAAGCUCUUCCAAGAGUGUUGUCCUCAUUCCACUGAUAGAGUGGUGCUUAUAGGUGGAAAACCUGAUAGAGUUGUGGAAUGUAUCAAGAUCAUCUUGGAUCUUAUCUCUGAGUCUCCAAUUAAAGGACGGGCCCAACCUUAUGAUCCCAAUUUCUAUGAUGAAACAUAUGACUAUGGUGGCUUCACAAUGAUGUUUGAUGAGAGAAGGGGACGUCCAGUAGGCUUUCCAAUGCGUGGAAGAGGAGGCUUUGAUCGAAUGCCUCCUGGUCGUGGUGGACGACCUAUGCCUCCAUCAAGAAGAGAUUAUGAUGAUAUGAGCCCUCGCAGAGGACCUCCACCACCUCCACCAGGUCGUGGUGGCAGAGGUGGCAGUAGAGCUCGUAAUCUUCCCCUUCCUCCUCCACCACCUCCUCGUGGCGGGGAUCUUAUGUAUGACCGAAGAGGUAGACCUGGAGACCGUUAUGAUGGAAUGAUGAUGCAGUGUCAUGUGGAUGCCUGUGAUGAUAUGCAGCCACCAGAGUUGUUUGAGGGUGGCUCUGGAUAUGACUAUUCUUACACAGGGGGCCGUGGUUCUUAUGGAGAUCUUGGUGGACCCAUCAUCACAACACAAGUAACGAUUCCCAAAGAUUUGGCAGGUUCUAUUAUUGGAAAGGGAGGACAGAGAAUCAAACAAAUACGUCAUGAGUCGGGAGCGUCAAUCAAAAUUGAUGAACCACUAGAAGGUUCAGAAGAUCGAAUAAUAACUAUUACAGGAACACAGGACCAGAUACAAAAUGCUCAGUAUUUACUGCAAAACAGUGUGAAGCAGUAUGCAGAUGUUGAAGGAUUCUAAUGCAAGAUUAUUUUUUCUUUUUUAUAGUGUGAAGCAGUAUUCUGGAAAGUUUUUCUAAGACUAGUGAAGAACUGAAGGAGUCCUGCACGUUGUGUGUGUGG